AUGGAAGCAACCGCUCCAGCGGCGGACAAGGACGAAACGAUCGAGAGGCUCCUCGAGGCGCCGAUGACGUGGAUAGGCACCUAUGUCGCCGCCGCGUCACUAAUCUGCGCCGCCGCAAUGGCCGCCGACACUAUCCAAGGACUAUGGAAGAAGAAACGCUGGUUUCCGUCGAAGUAUUUCCCUCUCAACGCAACUUCACUCACGCUCCUCGCGGUGGCGAUGAAGCUCCCGGUAGAUCUCACCACUCGGAUGUACACCGUCACCGACCGCCUCGCGAAGAUUAGCAGCAUCGCCUUCCUCUCCGCCGCCGUCGCCAAUUUCCUCACCUCUCUGGGCGCCAUGGCCGACAAGGAAGUCCUCUCCAACGCCGCCGCGCUGGCGGUGCUGGUGAUCACCGUCUUCGUCAACGUCACCAUCCAGAUCAUCCAGAUGCAUUCCUAUCUCCAGAGCCGCCGCGCGUUUCUCGAGGAAAUCAUCGUCAUCGCGCUGAUGCUGCUCUUAAUCCUCAUGUUCGUCUCCUCCGCCGCGAUGAUCGUCUCCACCAAACCCUACCUGGAGAAGAAAUACCACGAGAUGUGCCGAUCCGCCGCGGAUGAAAACGGAGACGACGGAUUCGACGCGGAGAGAGUGAUUACAGCUGAUAAAUUGAGAGUAUGUAUAAAAAAACACUGGAUGAUUGCGGAAACUGGAAAUCCCCAAUUUGUGCUUGCUAGGUCAGUCACCUGCUCCGCUUCUGGUUUAUUGACAUUGCUGAUUGCUCUGGUUUUGCUAGAAGCAGAGUUCAGAAUGGCGAAGGAAUUCGAUCUCAACAUUCUAGAUCAGGCGAAUUCGAGCUACGGUUGGUCGACGAAGCUCGUUCUGUUAACUCAGACCGCCGGAGUUAUCGUCGCCGCGAUUGCUCCGACGAUGAGAUGGCUCACUGCUUGCAGAAGGAGUUUUACAACUUCAGUGACGGUUGAGAGCUAUUGGACUCAGAAAAUGGUGGAAUUGAAACAGAGCUCUUUAUCUUCACAGAUUCAAAAUCUGAAAUGGAGAAAAGCAAUUCAUAUUUUGAGAGGUCAGUUUCUGCAGAUCUGCAUUUCUCUGCAGCAUCUCACUGUUUUUGCUAGCAAACUACUCCUUUUGCUAUCUCUCUGCUUCACUGCCCCAAUCAUAUCAUUCAUUAGCUACGCAUCAAGGUUGAAGAUCGAAAAUCGAGUAUCUCAAACCAAUCCACAGCUCGAUUUAAGCAAAUACGCGAUGCUGCUAGAAGGAGAAGAGCAUCUCCGAUCACAAACACUAGACAAGAUCUGCAAAGAAGUUGAUCAAGUCAUUGAAAAAGGCAGAUCUAGAAAGCCGAAGAAUCUCCUCAAACUCCUCUCCAAAUCAAGCAGCUUCAAAGGCGUGACACAAUUCGACAGCAAUGAAAUUCCAAGCCUACAUUCACAAGGCUUCCUCCCACAUUGCUGGUCUCUACCUCUGGUGACGCUCUCCUGCGUCGCGCUGGCCUUCCCCAACGCGGACAAGAGCGAAUCCGACCUCCUCCUAAGAGGCGUCGCAGAGGGGCUCCCUCUCGUGAAGCUAGUGGACAAGAUUCUCGACAAGAAAGGCCGUUUAGCAAGCGUUAGACACGCAGCAGAUGUGGCGUGGGUCGAAUUAGAGCUUUACCACAUGUGGCAAGACAAGGAUCUGAAUGAAUGGAAGAAGAAUGCAAGGGAGAUAGUAGAGGAGCUUGCAAGCAGAGGUGAGAAGACGGUCGUCGGGUUUGUGAAGGGAACGAGAAACUGCGUGAUGAGGAAUCCACUCAACUGGCCGGCUAAUGUGAUUGGGGCCGAUGCAAUGUAUAGAGUGGCGCGGACGAUCUUGCUCAGGCGCGGGGAAGGGGAAGGGGAAGGGGACGAGGCGUUGUUUGAGGAAGUGUGCGUCGCGAUUGCUGAUAUUCUUGCGGCUUGCCUUACGAAUAUGGUGGAGGUGAUACGUUUGAAGUGUCACAGUAAGAAGAUUGAGAAGAGAGAGAGGAGUGUUCGAAGGGCGGCGCUUCUUCUCGGAGAAACAGAGGAGAUUUCUUUGCUUCUGCAGCAGCGUCAAGUGCCGGCGUUGGAUGCUAACAAGGCAGUCAAUAUUGAAGAGUGGAGAAGAGCUUUAGCUCUUGCCCAACUAUAG